UAUGCUUGUCCCAAAAUCUUUUAAGGGGUGGGGUGGUGCGGGUGGUGGGGAAGAGGCAGCCACAAUAUAAAAGAAGCCACCUUGUGACUUCAAAAAUUUAUACAAAAACUUCCUAGAGAAGUAAAUACCAGAUUUGGCAACUGAUCCUUAGCGAUGGACCCAGAAGCAACCUCGGUUUAUUUGGAUUAUUUCUAUGCUACCAGCAAAAAUCCUGAUCUUGAGGACACCCACUCCCACGUUCCUUAUACGGCGGUCUUCCUUCCAGUCUUUUACACAGCUGUGUUCCUGACUGGAGUGUUGGGGAACCUCGUCCUCAUGAGUGCCUUGCACUUCAAACAGGGCAGCCGAAGACUCAUUGACAUCUUCAUCAUCAACCUGGCCGUGUCUGACUUCAUUUUUCUCAUCACGUUGCCUCUCUGGGUGGAUAAAGAAGCAUCUUUAGGACUGUGGAGGACAGGGGCUUUCCUGUGCAAAGGCAGCUCCUACAUGAUCUCAGUCAACAUGCACUGCAGUGUCUUCUUGCUCACCUGCAUGAGUGUGGACCGCUACCUGGCCAUCGUGUGUCCAGCCAUGUCCAGGAAAUUCAGGAGGAGAGACUGUGCAUAUGGAGUCUGUGCCAGUGUCUGGUUUACCUCCUGCCUUUUGGGUUUGCCUACUCUUCUGUCCAGGGAACUCACCCUGAUUGAUGAUAAGCCAUACUGUGCAGAGAAGAGGGCUACGUCAAUGAAACUGACUUGGGCCCUGGUGGCCUUAAUUUUUACUUUCUUUGUCCCUUUGGUGAGCAUUGUGACCUGCUACUGUUGCAUCACAAGGAGGCUGUGUGCGCAUUACCAACACUCGGGAAAACAUAACAGAAAGCUGAGGAAAUCCAUAAAGAUCAUCUUUAUUGUCGUGGCAGCCUUUGUCUUUUCCUGGCUGCCCUUCAAUACUUUCAAGCUCCUGGCCAUUGUCUCUGGGCUGCAGCAAGAAGUCUACUUUUCCUCAGCUUUUCUCCAGCUGGGCAUGGAGGUGAGUGGGCCUUUGGCAUUUGCCAACAGCUGCGUCAACCCUUUCAUUUACUAUAUCUUUGACAGCUACAUCCGCCGGGCCAUCGUGCGCUGCCUGUGCCCUUGCGUCAAAAACUAUGACUUUGGGAGCAGCACGGAGACAUCAGAUAGUCACCUCACUAAGGCUCUCUCCAACUUCAUUCAUGUAGAGGAUUUUGCCAGAAGGAGGAAGAGGUCUGUGUCACUCUGAAAGGGACUGUGACAUUUCGAGGUCUUGGUAGACUGGAGAGUUAAUUUGUGUCAGCAACAAAGAAAGAGGAAAAGUAUUGCUGAUACCAUUCAGAGUGCUUCAUAAAUACAAGGAAGAGCUCAAUUUUAGAGAGAUGACUGAAAAGUCCCUGUGUUCAUGGGUAUGAUUGGGUCGUAUGCUGGUUUGGGUUUUUUGUUUUUUGUUUUUUCGGGUUUUUUUUGGCUGAGUGACCUUCUUCAACUCUUGUCAAUCAAGUUCACCAGGCAGAAUAACAACUCUUACGGUCCUUGAACUCUGACAUAAAGGCUCCACUUGGGCCAGUUCCUUUCUUCAUGAUUGCUUAUGCAUAUUCAGUCCUUGUAGUCUCUCAAGAACCUUAAUCCACACCACCCUUCAUAUUGGGCUCCAAUUGGGCUACAUCUAAAAGAUUCUGCCCACAUUCAUCUGGUGAGAAAUGUGGUAACAAUGCAGUAGCAAAAAAUAUACCUGUGCCCUGUAAUUAAUUGUUACUAACAAAGUAAGAGUUUGGCCUUAAUCUUUAAAAGUUUGUAUAGUGAUUCUUUACUGUCUUCCAAUGUUAUCUUUCACUCUUUGCCAUUCACAAUAACUUUGGACUGGCAAAAAACUCAUGGGGAUAAAAUCAUUCUGUAUUGUGUUUGUGAUUCAGGACUUAAUUUAUCACCUGGUCUUCUAGAGUAUUUUAACAAGGGAGCAUUGGGCAAAGUUUGACCUUUAUUUUCCUUGUAUGUUAUAUUAGUAAAAAUAUAUCUCAUUAUAAUGUUAUAGUAACCAUUUUUCCUUAGGGUUUUACUAUGCUCUUUUGUUUUCCUUGACUUCAUAAAUUAGGAUAUGACUUUGCUUUAAUUACAUGUUUUUAAUUGCCCAGUUAUUUAGUUAUCAAAUGAGAAUGUUACUGCUAAUAUAAUUAGAGAUCAUCAAAUGCUUAGCUACAGCAUCCUGUGGAUUAUCAUUUUGUAUUUUAAUUAAAAUGUUAGUGCUACACAUUCCCUACAGCAUCAUCUGCUUGGUGUAUAUAAUUUCAAGACUUGAUUCAGUAAUAUAUAGGAAGACAGGAUGCUAUGUAUUCAGCUGAAGUUAAAAUUCCAUAACGAAGAUGUUACUGUCAUUUUACAUAUAUACAGUUUUCCAAACCCAGAGACUUUCCUGAAUUCUUUCACCUAAUAAAUAUUUAUUCAGUCUACUUGUACCUAUAUUCCUUUCAAAGACUUUGAAGUGAAAAACAUGUAAUUAGCAGCAACCACAAAAGGCUUUGCUGCAGAAAACAUACUAUUGUAAACAUCUUUUGAUUCAAGAGAAAGUGGGUUAUGUUUUGACCUCUGGUGUUGACUCAAAUGAAUUACUAUUUUACUUCUAAAUAUUAGGUUUGAACAUUAGAGAAACCUUAUAAUCUUUUCAGAGAUCAAAUAAUUCAAGUUCAUCCCAUGUAUCUUUCACAUUAAGAGAAAUCUCAUAUUGGGCAUAUUCUAAUAAUCUAUUUGGAAGUUGAAAAUACAGUUUUGGUUUUAUAAAUUGGUUAAUUUGUUAAUUUCUCUUAAACUUUUAUUAAAUAAAAAUAUAAUUUCCUUA